AUGACAUCUGAAUCGGGUGAAAAGCACAUUCAAUUGCAGUUUGAAGAGAAUACCAAGCAUUCCGGCUCCACACAAGUCGUCGAGGGUUAUGCCAAUAUUCCUGUCAAAUUUCGAACACUUUCGCUCAAUGUAACAGAGUCUAUCAAAGUGCCCAAUGAUAGCAAGAAGGAAAUGGACGAUUCCGAGUACUUUGCUGCCAUGGACUUUCACAAGCUCUCCACACAUGAACUCAAUCUAAGAUUCAAUACAUCGGAUGCAGUUGGUCUGGAUAGCGCUGCUUCCGAUACAAGACUCAAAAGAAACGGUGAGAACAUCCUGGUUCAACGUAAACCCAACUAUCUCUUCAAGAUCCUUGGUUAUGUCUUUGGUGGCUUCUGUUCUGUCCUCUGGAUCGGUGUGAUUACUUUCUUUCUCUGCUGGAUGCCUUUGAGUACUCCUCCAAUUGCGCCUGGAGGAACUCCUAGUGUCGUUAAUCUUGCCCUUGCUAUCCUUGUUAUUAUUGUCAUCUUCUUUCAAGCGUCGUUUUCUGCUUUUCAAGACUGGUCUACAUCUCGUGUGAUGAAAUCUAUCCUCAACCUGCUUCCCUCUGAAUGCUUUGUUCUUCGCGAUGGUGAUGUUAAGAAGAUGCCUGCUAGCAAACUUGUUAUUGGUGAUGUUGUGCAAAUUAAGCUCGGCAACAAGGUGCCCGCUGAUCUUCGUCUCAUUCAAGUUUCCAAUGACCUCAAGUUUGACCGUGCUGUUCUGACUGGUGAAAGUGAGGCUAUCGAAGGAUCUAUCGCUUGCACUGACCCAAAUAUCCUCGAGUCCAAGAACAUUGCUUUGAUGGGUACACACGUUGUCAAUGGCAACGGUGUUGGUAUCGUUAUUCUCACCGGCAACAAUACUGUCAUGGGUAGAAUCAACAAGCUUACUACUUCUGCCAAGGAAAAGGUCACUUUGAUUCAGCUAGAAAUCAGUCGUUUUGUUCGUAUAAUUGUUAUGCUGACCAUCACACUUGUCUUGAUUCUGCUGAUUGAAUGGCUAGCAUUCUUGCACCCCAAGCACCCUGAUUUCCAAAACAUAGUUGCUCUGCUGAUGAACUUGAUGGGCUGUGUUGUUGCUUUUAUCCCUGAAGGUAUGCCAGUCGGUGUCGCUAUGACCAUGAUGAUGAUUGCUCGUCGUAUGAAACAAAACAACAUUUUGCCCAAGGCGUUGACUACUGUGGAAACUCUUGGCUGUGUCACUGUCAUCUGCUCUGAUAAGACUGGUACUCUCACCCAAAACAAAAUGUUUGUUACCUCUGUGGGCUUUGCAGACUCUGAAUGUACUCCAAAUGACUGUGUAAACGCUUUCAAUAAUGCUCCUACCGACACUACUUCUCAAGCUUACAAGCAGCUUCAUUUGGCUUCCUACCUCUGUAACAAUGCUGCGUUCGAUUCCACAACCAUGGACCAACCUAUUCAAGAACGUUUAGUCAAUGGUGAUGCUACUGAUUCUGCCAUCUUGCGUUUUGCUGCUGAACUCGGUGAUGCUCAAAAAGACCUCUCUCAAUUCAACAGAACCUUUGAAAUCCCCUUUAACUCCAAGAACAAGUGGAUGCUGACCAUGUAUCAAGCCGAUGAAAAUACCACUGCCAUGGAAAGCAUCUAUGGCCAUGGUAACGAUGCCACCAACAAUCAAUCCUUGAUUUUUGUCAAAGGUGCUCCAGAUAUUAUCCUUCCCAAAUGUACGUCUGUCUUGUCUGCCAAAACCAACACGGUGGUCCCAUUGACUGGAGAAACUCUCGAUACCCUCAAUACGCUUCAAGAGAAAUGGGCCAACAAUGGUCAACGUGUUCUGGUUCUUUGCCGUCGCUUCUACACGCCUACGAGCAGCCUCAACUCCAACGCACUCCAAGAAGAAAUUGUGAAUCAUGCUGUCCAGGACCUCACUGUCAUUGGCUUAGUAGGCAUCAUGGACCCUCCUCGCACUGAAAUCAAGCAGACCGUUGCUGAUUGUCGUCGCUCUGGAUCUCGUUUCUUUAUGAUUACCGGUGACUUUGGCCUAACUGCUGCUGCUAUUGCUCGCGAGAUUGGUAUCUUUUCUUCCACACGCAGCCCUGACACUUAUAUUGACAUUGUGAACCCUGAAAAGCACUUUGGUCCUUGCGGCGAGGGUGAUAUUACAAGUCUUCUCUUGACCGGCUCUGAUUUGCAAAAGUUUGGCGAUGUUGAAUGGGAAAAUGUCUGCACUUACGAUGAGAUUGUGUUUGCCAGAACAACACCUGAACAGAAGCUCAAGAUUGUUAAAGAACUGCAAAAGCGCGAUAACAUUGUGGCUGUUACUGGCGAUGGUGUCAAUGAUGCUCCUGCUUUGAAGGCUGCUGAUGUGGGUGUGGCUGUAGUCAGCGGCAGUGAUGUUGCCAUCGAAGCUGCUGAUUUGGUUCUGAUGGGUGAAUUUGAUUCUAUUACUGAGGCCAUUCGUCUCGGCCGUCUUGUAUUCCAAAACUUGCAAAAGGUCAUUGGCUAUCUCCUGCCAGCAGGUUCUUGGUCUGAAAUUUGGCCUGUCUUGGUCAACGCCUUUGCUGGCACACCUCUGCCUCUUAGUUCUUUCCUCAUGAUUAUGAUUUGCUGCUUCACUGACUUGUUUCCUUGCUUGACUCUGAUCAUGGAACAGGAAGAGUUUGAUCUCCUCUCCAUGAAGCCUCGUAAUCCCAAAACAGACCAUCUCAUCAAUAUCAAGAUCUACCUUCAGUCCUAUAUCUUUAUGGGUUCCAUGCAAACCAUGGUUUCUCUGAGCAUGUUCUUCUUCUAUAUGAAAUCUGCAACUGGCUUGGGAUGGUACGACUUUGUCGGCACAUACAGCAGCGGUCCCUGGGGUCCACCCGAGAACCCUACUUGGGGUACUGAUCCUUCCACUGGAACUCCUAUUACGUCUGAUCAAUUCACCCAGAUCCUGUACACUGGCCAAUGUGUCACCUUUGUCACUCUGGUCAUCCUGCAAUGGGGCAAUAUUCUCUCGAUUCGUAACAGAAGACUGUCUAUUCUCCAAGCUGAUCCCAUUAGACCAAAGCGUCGCAAUCUCUGGAUCUUUGGUGGUAUGCUCUGCGCUCUCAUCGUGGCUAUUAUCGUUACUGAAGUGCCUUGGAUCCAGCAAACAUUGCAAACGAAUUCUGUACCCAUCAAGCAUUGGCUGAUUCCCAUUCCCUUGGCUAUUGGCAUUCUCUCCAUGGAUGAAAUUCGUAAAUUGCUUGUUCGCACCUUCCCCAAUAGUAUCAUUGCAAAGUUGGCCUGGUAG